AUGGUAGAAGCAGACAGAAUCAAAAAAUUCCCCUCAAAGAAAUUUGGGCUCAAGGGAAAGAAACUUACAGACUUAUGGGAUAAAGGAAUGCUAGAGAGGAGAAAUAAAUUGCCAAGAAUUUGUUGGGAGAAUCGCCCAAUUCCAGAACCAGGAGCUGGUGAGGUGCUGUUGAAGAUGCAUUCAGUUGGAAUCUGUGGCUCCGAUGUGCAUUACUGGCAGCAUGGAAGAAUCGGCGAUUAUGUUGUCAAGAAGCCAAUGGUUUUGGGGCACGAAGCUUCAGGGACUGUGCAUAAACUGGGGUCUGGAGUACAACACCUGAAAGUAGGUGACAGAGUUUCUAUUGAGCCUGGUGUCCCAAGAGAAAACUGUGAAUUUUGCAAAAUUGGACGCUACAAUCUCUCUCCAACGAUUUUCUUCUGUGCUACUCCUCCUGACGAUGGGAAUCUCUGUCGGUACUAUGUCCACAAUGCCAACUACUGUUUCAAGCUUCCUGAAUGCGUUAACUUUGAAGAAGGUGCGAUGAUUGAGCCACUUUCAGUUGGGAUUCAUGCCUGUCGUAGAGGUGGAGUGCGUAUGGGACAUAAAGUCCUCAUCCUUGGGGCAGGGACAAUUGGUCUUAUGAACCUGCUUGUCGCUAAAUCGAUGGGAGCAGACCCAAUUGUAGUUGUAGACCUGGUGCAAGAGCGUUUGGACAUGGCAAAGUGCAUGGGUGCCACUUGUGUCUGUAAGAUGGAAAAAAACACAUGUCCUCGAGAAAUGGCAUCCAAAGUCAAAAGUGCACUUUGUGGUAUGCCAGAUAUAUCCAUUGAAUGCACUGGGGCAGAUCAGUGUGUCCAGACGGGUAUCUAUGCGACCAAGCCAGGAGGUGUUUUGGUUUUGAUUGGUCUGGGCAACACAAACACGUCUGCCCCGUUGUUAACUGCAACAGCACGUGAGUUGGAUAUCCGAGGAAUAUUCAGAUACUGUAACACGUGGCCCACGGCCAUAAACAUGUUGGCUUCAAAGAAGGUGGACGUGAAACCAAUGAUCACACACCGCUUCCCACUGGACCAGGCCAUCGAGGCAUUUGAGUUGGUGAAGAAAGGUGCAGCACUCAAGGUGAUUAUACAGUGUGAAGAGCCAGAAAAGAAGGAACAGAAACAGUCCAAAUCACUCGAAGAAUGCCAGAAACAGUGUCAGCAGUUGUUACAGCAGUGCCAGCAGCAAUGUCAGCAAUUGCAGAAAGAGCAGAAAGAACAUUGUGGGCGCACUGCCGGUCGCUAAUUUACUUGCUUAUUGCACCCACGGGGUGUG